GAACAACUCAUCAGUGAUUUGCCUAAAACUGUGACAUUCCAACAAAAUCGUUUUAUUCCAGAUUUAUUUUAAGGUCUGUAAAUAUGGAGGUAGAAAGACAUCUACAGUAUGACAAUAAGUUGAAACAAAAUGACACAAACGAGACCCAAAGCCAGAGAAGAAGAAAAAUGAGACGCAAAUGGACCAAAAUGAGACACAAAAUGAGAAAAACAAGACAAAAAAAAUGACCAAAAUUGAGACACAAUAUGUUAUUUAAGCAUUCUUUUGUGUCUUUUUGGAUCAUUUUGUCUCAUUUGUGUGUUUUUGUGUCUCUUUGUGCCAUUUUUGUUUCAUUUUACCAUUAGCAUAGUCGUUUUAAUAUCUCAUUUUUGUGUCUUCAUGUCAUUUUUGUGUGACUUUAGCAUCCUUUCUGUUACUUUUGUGUCUUUUUCUGUCAUUUUCGUGUAAUUGUAACACCUCUUUGUGUCAUUUUUACACCUCUUUGUCAUGUUUGUGUCUUUUCAUGCUAUUUUUGCGUUACUUUAGUGUCUUUUUUUGUAAUUUUGGACCAUUUUUGUGUCAUUAUCAUGUCAUUCUAACAUCUCCUUGUCAUUUUUGUGUCUUUUUAUGCAAUUUUUGUGUUAUAUUAACACCAUUUUGUGUCAUUUUGUGCCUUUUUAUGUCAUUUUCAUGUCAUCUCUGCCAUUUUUGUGUUUUCAUGACAUUUUUUGUCUUACUUCAGCUUCUUUUUUGUGGUAUGUUGUGUCAUUUUCAUGUUUUUUAAGCGUCUUUUUGUGUCAUUUUUAUGUAAUUUUUGUGUUUUUGUGUAUUUUUCAUGUCAUUCUAACAGCUCUUUGUCAUUUUUGCAUUAUUUAAACAUCCUUUUGUGUCAUUUCAGCAUCCCUUCGUGUCAUUUUGUUGGUUUUGUGUCAUUUUUGCGUCCUUUUAGCAUCUCUCUGUCCUUCGUGGCUGCUCUGUGUCCACAGACUUUCAGGACUUUAUAUUUGUUGUGAUAAAUGGACCCCAGGGUUGUACUGAUGGUCUGACUGGUCUCUUCAGAUUGAUGCUAUCUGGUUGAACUCUUGUGUUUCAGACGCUGCUGCUGGACUCUGCAGGGAGAUGGAGCAGCGUGGAGGUUCAGGAGGAGGAACCGAGAGCCCUGAUCCCAGGGACAGCUCCAGCCCAGAGGAGCGGGGGGACAACGGGGCCAGUCCGGCCUCCAGCGGCCCCCCUCAGUGCAAACUGAGCCGCCUGGAGGUGAACGGCAGCCCGGCAAACCCACGGAUCCGACACAACGGCACGCCGCUGAGGCCGCUGGGAGGUCUGAUGAUCCCGGUCUACUGCGUGGUCGAACACGCAGACGAGGGCCGCAGCGACCGCCACGCCGAGUUCGUGUUGGUUCGGAAGGACGUCCUCUUCACGCAGUUGGUGGAGACGGCGCUGGUUGCCCUGGGAUACUCGCACAACUCGGCCGUCCAGGCUCGAGGAAUCAUUAAAGUGGGCCGCUGGAAGCCGAUGCCCAUCCACUACCUGACAGACGCUCCAGAGGCCACGGUGGCCGACAUGCUGCUGGACGUUUACCACAUGGUGACGCUGAGGAUCCUCCUGCACAGCUUCGCCCGGCUGGAGGAGCUGCCAUCGGAGCAGUGGAGCCACGCCACCGUUAGAAACGCCCUCAAAGAGCUGCUCAGAGAAACCAACCAGAGCGCUCUGGCCAAGGAGUGUCCUCUCUCACAGAGCAUGAUCUCGGCCAUCGUCAACAGCUCCUACUACGCCAACGUGUCCACCUCCAAGUGCCAGGAGUUUGGACGCUGGUACAAGAGGUUCAAACGCAGCAAAGGUGAAUAUAUGGAGAAGAUGUGGUCAUCGCAGGAGAAGUCGGACAUAAAAGUGGAGAGGGAUUUCGACCUGAGCGUCCUCAGCCAUCGUCCUGCGUCUCUUUUGCCCUCUCCGACCCAUCUAAGCUCCUUGGGCGGCCCUGGAGCUCUUCCCAUCAAGAGUGUCGUCGGGGACGCGCAGCCCCCCACCCAGCCCCACGGACAGAACCACCCCAGUCCCCCCCUGCGGCCCCAGGCUCCACCGCUCCUGCCCCACGGUGGUCUGCUGCCCCCUCAGCUGGUCCGUCAGCAGCUGGCCAUGGCCCACCUCCUCAACCAGCAGCUGGCCGUCAGCCGCCUGCUGGCCCACCAGCACCCACCGGGAGUCAACCAGCAGUUCCUCAACCACCCGCCCAUCUCACGGGCCUGUAAGGUGGGCACCGCCGAGCCCGGCCUCAGCUGCUCCGGGACCGAAGUCUCCUUCGACAUUUACCAGCAGGUCAGGAACGAGCUGAAGAGGGCCAGCGUGUCGCAGGCCGUGUUCGCCCGGGUGGCUUUCAACCGCACACAGGGUCUGCUGUCGGAGAUCCUUCGUAAGGAGGAAGAUCCCCGCUCUGCUUCCCAGUCGCUGCUGGUCAACCUGAAGGCCAUGCAGAACUUCCUGAACCUGCCGGAGUCAGACCGAGAUCGCAUCUACCAGGAGGAGAGGGAGCGGAGCGCCAGCACCAACCACAUCCACUCCAGCAGCCACGCCUCCAGCCCCAACACCUACCGACACGCACAGACAAAAUGCAACAUGCCCGGUCCAGAGCUGCAGCUGAAGCUCGACUCCCUGGUGAGCAUCACGUCAGGAAUCUAUGAGGAGAUCCAGCAGGAGAUGAAGAGGGCGAAGGUCUCCCAAGCUCUGUUCGCCAAGGUGGCCGCCAAUAAGAGUCAGGGCUGGCUGUGUGAGCUGCUCAGGUGGAAGGAGAGUCCGAGCCCCGAGAACCGAACGCUGUGGGAGAACCUGUGCACCAUCCGGAGGUUCCUGUCGCUGCCGCAGGCCGACCGAGACCAGAUCUACGAGGAGGAGUCGAGGCAGCAGCACAGCGAGCGCCUGCACACCGUCCUGCACCUCCCCGACCAGCAGAGCCUCCACAGACAGCCGCUGCCUCCUCUCACGGCUCCAUCCCCGAUCCACGACGACCCUCAGCCGGUCCGGCAGCCCUCCGAGGACAGACUUCAGCACAUGAGCCCCGGCCUGGGCGGCGGGGGGACCAAGAAGGCCCGGUCGCGGACUCGGAUUUCCCUGGAGGCUCUGGGAAUCCUGCAGAGCUUCAUCGGGGACGUGGGACUCUACCCCGACCAGGAGGCCAUCCACACCCUGUCGGCCCAGCUGGACCUGCCCAAACACACCAUCGUCAAGUUCUUCCAGAACCAGCGCUACAACGUCAAGCACCACAGCCAGAGCCGGGAGGCCGGCGGCGGGGAGGACGACCGGGACAGCUCCAGUCCCAGCGAGGCCGAGGCCGGACCGACGGAGGGCCGAGGGGAGGAGGAGGCUCUGUCUGGAACCGAGGAGUCCAGCGAGGACGGGAGAGGAUCAGUGGAGGUGCUGAGAACAGAAGGAGGAGAGGAGGUGGAGAUGGAGAAGGAGGAAGGGGCUGAUGGGAAAACCUCGUCUCCGUCCCCCUACAGCAGCGUGGACAGCCCUCACUCUGCAGAGCAGCAGAGAUAACAGCAGCAAGACACGUCUUCAUCAUGGUCAUCUUCACCAGAGCUGCAGCUCAGAGCUCUUUAAAAUCUGGAGGAAUAUUUAUGUACGACUGGAGGAACCUCUAGGUUGGGUAUUUGGAAUGAUAUUCCACUUUGACAAAAAAACAUUAAUUGUCAUUAAUUGUUUGUUUCUCCAAGUUGUGGCACUGCGAAGGCGUCCCAACAACUCUCCUUUUAAAAUCUAGAACUCUCUCUGGAACCUGAAGCACAAUCCUCUGAUUUACGUCCAGCUCAGAUUCUACAAGUUAAAUCAACAGUUUUUAUGGGAGCUUUGAUCAAACGGUGCUUCAAUAUACUGAACAAAAACACAAACGCAGACACAACAGAUGAUAAAACACUGACGUAUAAGAUAUACGAUAGAGUCUCGCAGUUAAAGAGGUCGUCAUCUGAUGGAAACACGAUCAGGUUGUCAGACAUCCAGAGCAGAUGUUUGACGGGUGGCAGAACGGGAAAGGUUUCCAGCUGUUGUUACAGAAGGACAGAUUGUAGAGACACCGGUUGUUGGGCAUCGACGAGGAGUGAAGGUAGUCUUUGUUUGUCUUGUUUGUCCACAAGACGACGUCUAUGUCUGCUCUGAUUGCCCUCCAUCUAGCUUGAGUCCGACAGACGUGAGCGGUCGCCUGCUGUUAGACGAAGGUCUUGCUAAAGUCGCUUCCCUUUGGUGAGUCCUCCCAGUUUGAGCAGAUAUUCUCCGGUUUGCUCUCACCAACAAGUUAAUCAACACUCUGAAGCUGAUCUCAAACAACUUUGCAAAAUGACCUCAAGGGAUAGAUGUUGGGGGCUGUGGGUAUCCAGCAGCCCACUCUCAUCUCUUUUCGUUUGAAUAAAGCUUCAUUUUACGGUGACUGGUUGGACUGUCUGAUCCUUUAAAGACACACCAGACAAAGCCAUGUAACUGUUCCAUGUUGACCGGAACAGUUUCUAGCUGUUAUUGCAGAAGGAUAGAUUCUAGAGACACAAGGAAGUGCGUUUUGUUGUUAAAACGUCAAGUGAAAAAACAGGAUGUCAUCUCGAUUGUUUGGCAUCGACAAGGAGAGAACGUAGUUUUCGUUCAGGGUUCGUAUGACGUCUACAAGACGACGUUUCCAUCUGCUCCAAUCAUCCUCCAUCUAGCUAAAGUCCAACAAAUGUGAGCGGUCGCCUGACGUAGACGAUGAAGGUCUUGCUAAAGUUGCUUCCCUUUGGCGAGUCCUCUCGGCUUGAGCAGAUAGUCUCCAGUUUCUUCUCACCAGCAAAUUAAUCACAACUCUGAAGCCGAUCCCAAACAACUUUGCAAAAUGACCUCAGAGGAUAGAUGUUGGAGUUGUGGGUGAUCAGCAGCCCAUUCUCAUCUCUUGUCGUUUGAGUAAAGCUGCAUUUUCUGGCAACUGGUCAAACGGUGUGAUCCUUCAGAGAUUCUACAAACGAGGCUGUGGAUCAACUCUGAGCUCAGGAAGUUGUCACAGAUUGAGCAGUUUGAAAGUUUGACCGGAACAAGGACAGAUUCUGGAGACACGAGGAAGGGCAUUUUCUUGUUGAAACGUGAAGUGAACAAACAGGAUGUCAUCUUGGUUGUUGGGCAUCGAUGAGGAGGGAAGGCAGUCUUUGUUCAGGUGUCCACAAGACGACGUUUCCAUCUACUCUGUCCUCCAUCUAGCUAUUGUCCAACGAAUAUGAGCAGUCGCUUGCUGUUAGACGAAGCUGCAUUUUACUGCGACCUGCCAGACCGUCUGAUCCUUUAAAGACGCACAAGACGAGGCGGUGGAUCAACUCUGAGGUCAGGAAGUUGUCACAGGUUGAACAGUUUGAAAGUUUUCUUAAAGUUUGCCUGCUGCGUUUGUGUUUUUGUUCAGUCCUGUUUCCAUGCAUGUCGUCACCCUCAGAGGAAGAAAUAAAUAUAAAUGAAUAGAUGAAUACAUAAAAAUGCAUCGACGGGUGCUCUCUCUUCCUGUUUCCUCACCUUAGCCUGUUCCGAUCAUUCCAAAUGAAUAUUUCUUUACCAAACGCAUGGACAGACUGCAGCAGAGAUGGAAACACAUUCUUGCUGAGGUGGGAUCCAAUUAAACAGAAAGACCCUUUAUGAGAAGUUUAUCUCUCCCAUGAUGCUUCAGGAGGUUCCUGCAUUGUUUGCGUCCAACACUCUCCUCCCAAUGAUAUUUAUUACUGGUAGUUCUAUUUACUGAAAUCUACAUAUCCUCGUUGUAAUUCUAAGUUUGUUCUGAUUUCCUUUGAUGUGACCGCAGACGUCUUUGUAAAUGUGACUGAAAACAGGACAAGCAGGAAGAAGAAUCUGAACUUUCACUGAUGGUUUCUGCAACAGACUGGACAGGAAGUGAACAUUAUUCUGUACGUUAUGACCCAAGACGUAGACAGUCCCCAUGCAAACGUGAACCAGGAUGCAACCACUGUCACUUUACACUGUCUGGUGUAAUCUGUGCCACGAAGGACGAAAACAAAUGAUUUCAGUUUUGACACAAAGUCUGAUUUAUUCCACUUUGAUGUUCUUUGAUUCUGUUGUGGGCGGGACAUGAAAAUCUGAUAAAACAUUUUCCAAAGUA